UAUUUGUCCCAUGGGAGUUUAUUUUGUAAUUUUGUCUAUUUCGUGACUUCAAUGUCAUCUCUGCGCAACGCAAUUGUGUCCCUAUUCAACAAACACCAAAAUUCCAAACAUGUUCAAUCCAUCAUCAUCACCUCUGGUGUAUACUCAAACCACGACGCCAUUUUCAUCACCAAACUCCUCCAAUGCGCGCCAUUCUCUCACACUCAAACCGCCUCUCUCUUCAACACCAUCCACACUCCCAACACUCGCCUCUUCAACAAACUCAUCGCAGCAUUCUCCACCAGUGCUCACCCACAAACAACCCUUCAUUGCUAUGCACGAAUGCGGCAAAAGGGUGUGGAGCCAGACCAACACACCUUCCCUUUGCUUCUCAAGAUGUUCUCAAAACCGGUUGUUGAAGACCCUUUUAUGAUUUAUGCUCAAAUUUUUAAACUUGGGUUUGAUCUUGAUCGUUUUGCUGGUAAUGCUUUGAUUUCAGCUUUUGCGAAUUCUGGGUUUAUUGGAAGUGCAUGCCAGGUGUUUGAUGAAAGUUCUGUGAAGGAUAUUAUUGCUUGGACUGCCUUGAUCAAUGGAUAUGUUAAAAAUGAUCUCCCUAGUGAGGCUCUUAAGUGUUUUGUGAAGAUGAGGUCGACGGGGACGGGUGUUGAUGCGCUCACUGUCGUUAGCGUUCUACGUGCAGCUGCGAUGGCGGGUGAUGAUAAUUUUGGAAAGUGGGUUCAUGGUUUUUAUGUUCAGGCAGGAAGAGUGCAAUUGGAUGGUUAUGUUUGGAGUGCUCUUAUGGAUAUGUACUUCAAGUGUGGUCAUUGUGAUGAUGCUUGCAAAGUGUUUGAUGAAAUGCCUUAUAGUUACAGAGAUGUUGUUUGUUGGUCUGUGCUUGUGGCUGGUUAUGUGCAAUGUAACAAGUUUCAAGAUGCUAUUCGUGUCUUCUGGAACAUGCUAUCAGACAAUGUUGUGCCGAAUGAAUUUACGCUGACAAGUGUUCUUAGUGCUUGUGCUCACUCAGGGGCAUUGGAUCAAGGAAAGUUGGUUCAUCAAUACAUAGAAUGUAAAAAGGUUAGCCUAAAUUCGGUGGAGCUUGGGACAGCAUUGGUUGAUAUGUAUGCAAAAUGUGGGUGCGUGGAUGAAGCUUUAAGGGUAUUUGAAAACUUGCCAGUAAAAAACGUGCAGACUUGGACAGCCAUUAUUAAUGGGUUGGCUGUGCAUGGGGACGCCUUAGGAGCAUUGGAAGUCUUUUCACGCAUGUUGGAGAAUGGUGUUCAACCUAAUGGAGUUACCUUCAUUGGUGUUCUCGAUGCUUGUUCUCAUGGAGGUUUUGUUGACGAGGCGAAAAGGUUAUUUGAACAAAUGAUUCAUACUUAUCAUCUGAAGCCAAACAUGGAGCAUUAUGGAUGCAUGGUUGAUCUACUUGGCCGGGCAGGGCACUUAGAAGAUGCAAAACAAAUCAUUGAUAACAUGCCAAUGAAGCCUAGCCCUGGUGUGUUGGGAGCUUUAUUUGGUGCCUGCAUGAUUCACAAGGAUUUUGUAAUGGGUGAGAAUGUAGGCAAUGCCUUUGUUAAUCUGCAGCCAAACCACAGUGGUGGAUAUGCACUUCUGGCAAACUUGUACUCAAUGUGUGAAAACUGGGAAGCAGCUUCUCAGGUGAGGAAGCUCAUGAAAGAAAGACAGGUGGAAAAGACUCCAGGAUAUAGUUGGAUUGAAGGGGCUGGUUUAAUUCAUGAGUUCAAAGCAAUUGACCAUUCACAUGUCAAAUCAUCUGGUGGUUAACCAAUGUUGGAGAGCUUAAUAUUGCAACAAUGCAUGUUUGGAAACUCUUCUACAGUUGAUUUUGAAGCCAAAAUCAAUUCCAAGGAGAAAUUUCAUUAGCUUUUGAGCUUUAGAAUGACUGUGAUGAAAGAGAAACCAAUCCUAACAUGCUUUUAAACUGGCUGCUCAAGCUCAACUGAAUGGAGAUUUUAACCUAGCAUCCAACACUAAUGUGGGUCAUGAAGUGUAUGCUUCGUUUUAUGUCUCCAAGACCCAGAAUCAAUCUGCUAUUGGAGAAGCUAAGGGAAGUAGCUUAUCUCCACUAUGAUUAUAGCUUUAACUUGGUUUCUGAACGAGUUUCCAAUAUUAAAGGAAGUUGUGAUGGAACCAUGUCCAGCCACAGAAUGUGGGUGCCAAUCUCAUUGCCCCUAAUAAAAAAAUAUAAAAAGCUUUAAUGGUCA